CGCGUAUUGCACGUUGCGCGGCGCGGGCAAGCGCAUCACAAGAUGGACGAGGUAGCAAGCAAGUCAGGCUUUCUGUCAAUGUACAUGAGUAAUCAUCGUGAUACUCUUGUCGCAUACUGCAUGCACUAUGGCAAAGUGAAACGAGCCGUCAAUGCCAAAAUGGACUCGAUCUCAUCUGAUUCAAUGAUCAUCAGCUAUCUGCCUUACAGAGACGCUUCAGAGCCAAAAACCGUCACAAUACCCUUUGAACCACGUUUGCAGUCGUACGACGAGGCGAGACCGCGCUUGCUGGCCAUGAAGGCGGAAGCAGAACAAGCACUAAGAAUGGACACUGUACCUGUAGUUGACAGCUUCCGGCUGGGACGACUUGUGCCCUUCAUCAUGACGCUCGUCACGUUUCUCGUCGCUUGCACUGUCAUGGAGGAUCACGAAUUCGGCGGAAGAAUCCGCAAUGCUGCCGGUGGCAUGCGUACAAUUGUAGCUGCUUGGAUAUUUGCAAUUUCCUGCCACAUCGCCGAGGCAUACUACCAAUAUACACUCUGCAGAAAGCACAAGACGGGCGUGCGCAAUACGUUCCUCUGGGUCUUCCUGACUUUUCUGCUCGGCGUCGCUGGGUUUUCAGAGUUCAAGCGGAUCGUCAAGGAACGGAAGAUCGCGUCCCUCUCCAAGUCGCAAUAACGCUGUGGGGCUUGCCAUAGCCAUGCGUCGCGUGGAGUGUGCAUUCGUGGCAGUGCGGGGUUGCAGCUAUCGCGAGCACAGACUGAGCAGUAGGCUGGAGUCAUGGGAAAGACUCAGUCGGUCGAGUCAGCUAGGCACAUUUUGCCGUCCCUGAAGCGGUAAAUCGGUC